CCCGAUUUGCUAAAAUAAAACCGCCCCGUUGUUGUUCUCCCACUCUAAUCUUUCUUCUUCUUCAAUGGGAGUCGUGGUUGUCGCCGCUGCGAUUCGCUUCUCCUCUCAUCCUCCUCCUCUUCCUCUUCCUCUUCCUCUUCGUCUUUCCCUCCCCUCCUCCUCCUCCACGCUCUUCUCCGUUCCCCUUCGCUCUCGCCCCAUCCUUCGCUCCGUAUCCAUGGCCUCCUCCUCCUCCGCCUCCGCCUCCGUCGAAACUUCUUAUGAGUCAGGAAUGAAGUUAUCUUGCUUUGACAUUGUUGGAGAAAAUGAUCUGCUGAUUGUGGGCCCAGGUGUUCUUGGUCGGAUGGUAGCUGAAAAGUGGCAACAGGUUGUUGGGAAUUAUGGCUAAUAUUAAGAUUUAGAAU